AGAACAAGAAAGCAAACCUGGAACCCAAAAGGUCAUUGCAGCUCUUCUCCUGGGUUUGUCCAUUGGACUCCCUAAUUAAUAAGUUCAUUGUGAGCUAAGGACUGUCUUUCCUGUGACUCUGAGGUCUGUGACACUGAGAGGCUGGCAUGAGUGUUUGACUCUGUGCAAGCCCUUGCUCCCUUUUGUUGCAGAGGCAAAUGGGAUUCUGAUUGCUUGAUGAUUGAUGGGAUGGUUUCCCAGUUGGGAGAGGAAGUGGAGAAGUUGUGGCGGAGAGAUGAAGGCGGCACUGGGAAAUACCCACCUGUUAGUUUACACGCACUGCUGGAUCUCUAUUUGCUAGAAAGCAUUGAAGAAAGCGACAAACAUGCAAUUACAAUUUACUUGCUGCUGGAUAUUAUGCAUUCCUUUCCAAAUAAAACAGAAAUUUCAAUUGACUCCUUUCCAACUGCCUUUGCUAUCCCUUGGGGUCUUGUUAAGCUGAUUCGAGGGUUUUGGCUUCUUGAUCACAAUGAUUAUGAAAAUUCCCUGGCCCUGCUCUUCCAUCCAGCUACACUCAAGACUGUGUCAUGGCAGCACAUGAGGAUAAUUCAGUCCCUCAUGUGCCAGGGAGAGCACAGGCGUGCCCUCAGGUACAUGCAGAUGAUGAAGCCGUCGAUGUCCAGCAGCAGCGAAGUGCGGCUGUUCCUCACCGUGUUGUUGUCCAAUAGGUGCAUGGUGGAGGCUUGGGGUCUGUUGCAGCACCACACCACGAAGUUAAACAUAGAAGAGCUGCUAAAGCACAUGUAUGAAAUCUGUCAGGAGAUGGGGCUGAUGGAGGAUUUGCUGAAGCUGCCCUUCACAGACACAGAAAAAGAGUGUUUGGAGAAGUUUUUACAGACCAAAUCUGGUGUUCAGAAUCAUGAAUUCCUCUUAGUCCACCAUCUGCAGCGUGCCAACUACAUCCCAGCACUCCAGCUGAAUCAGUCCAUGAAGGCCAAUCUGAAGAAUGGUCGUGAUCCUCGCUUGAGAGAGAGAGCAGUAGCCAGAAAUUCUCUGUUAGAUCAAUAUAUCAAGAUCCUUCCCACAGUUCAAAGGAAGCUGGCAGUAGAGAGAGCCAAGCCGUACCGUUUGCCUUCAUCAGUCUUAAGAGAAGUCUCAAGGCCAAAGCCAUUAUCAACAGCAACAAGGCAGGCUAAUGCAGGAAAUGUGCAUACAAGAGCAAGUUUAAUCACUAAAGUACUGUCCAGAUUUAAAGAAGCAUGGCUAGGAAACAAGACAACCAAUUUCUCAGAGUUUAAUAAGUAAGCAGCCUUUUAACAAAGUUUAGCCUUGUUUUGUG